AUGGGAUUCGGUCAAAGCCCUGGGACCGCGAGCAGCAGUUCUAGCAGCAAUGGCAGUAACGGGGAUCGCGGCGGCGUUUCUUUCAUCGGCAGCGGGGGAGUUUCUUUCCUCAAGUCCUUAUUCGACUCGUCUCAGAAAGCUCCUACUAAGUCGGUUGUGGUCGAAGAUGGCGACACGCUCUGGGACCUCUCCGUGAAAUUCGGCGUGGAUUGCGAACAGCUGCAGGCGUUUAACAAGCUGACGUCAGACACUAUUUACUCCGGGGACGUUCUUAACAUCCCCGUCUCCCCCGCGCCCCUGUCCCUUUCUGAGACGGCGCAAAACUCUGCCGGAAACGCCUCCGCGCGCGUGUCCCUUUCCGCGCCCCUCCUGCUGACCCCCGCGCAAGCAACUGCUUCCCCUUCCCCCUCCUCCUCCCCAUACGCGCGAGAGCCUCCGCAGCCCAAAAAGGAGAUUAAGACCAAGUCAGUCUUAGUCCGCGAUGGCGACACGGCGUGGGACAUCUCCCUGCGCUUCGGGCUCACGCUAGACGAGCUACUAUCUCUUAACGCGAGCAUCCCCGACCCGCUAUACCCCGGCGACGAGCUAUUGCUGCCUGCAGACGCGGUUGAGCGGCCUCGCGCGCUGGUGGCGCUGACAGGCGUUAAGGCGAAGGUGAAGGGGACGAUGCGGAAUGCCAACUUCUGGGACGUGUUUCCACCACCUAGGAACAUUGACUCCUACCGCAAGCGCUACCGAGUGCUGUUGGAUGCGAUGAGAUACGUGGAAACGAGCUUCAUUGAGCCCGCCCCUGUGGGGGAUGAUGGGCUCUCCAUCGGCCCCCUGCAGAUCAGCAACGACUAUCACACGGAUGCGUGGUGGCUGGAGCACCGCCCGCCGCUGUGCUACGAGGACUGCCAUUGGUCGGUGGAGCACAGCGAGCGCACCGUCAUCAACUACUGGCUGCGCUACUGCCCCUGGUCCCUCGAGUUCCACGACCAUGAGACAUUGGCUCGCACGCACAAUGGGGGCCCGGGGUUCUACCGAUACAUCAAGACCGCCACCUACUGGUGA